GUGGCCCUCCCAUCAUCCCUCUCUGCCACGGCCGGGGAAGGGGGCCACGUAGCAGAGGCGAGUCCUCAGAGAGGUGGGUCUGGUGCAAGGUGAGCCUUGAGCCUGGGGCCACAGGAGGGCGACGAGGGCCAGAAGCGGCUGGAGCCAGGCGGGGCCUCGGGGCUGUGGGCGGAGCCAGAAGCUGCCAAGAGCCGUCCAGGCCGGCGGAAGAGUGGAAGCUCGGGCCCAGGGGCUGCAGCCAAGAGAGCGCGCUAGUUCCGCAGCCAGAGAGGCCGGGGCUUCGGCCUGGAGCCAGAGCCGAGAGCCGAAAGGCAGGCCUCGAGCUCCAGCGGGGCCAGCAGAGGCGGAGCCUCAGGGCCGGGCCGCCGAAGGCCGCGGUGGCCUCGCUGUGCGGCAGCAGGCGGCUCCGACGGCCGCCGUCGCGGGGCCGCGUGGCGGUGGUGCUGGACCAGGGCUCGGGCUUCGUCAAGGCGGGCUUCGCGGGCGAGCAGCAGCCGCGCCUGGUGCUGAAGAGCUCCAGCCCGGGGCCCGGCGCACUGGGCUGCGAGCUGGGGGACGGGGUGGCGCGGGCGCACCCCAUCAAGCACGGCGUGGUCGCGGACUGGCAGGCGCUGGAGGGGCUGUGGGAGCGCCUGCUGGUGGGCGGCCUGCGGGUGUGCCCGGAGCGGUGGCCCGUGCUGGUGAGUGACUCGCCGUCGGCGCCGCCCGCGGGCCGCGAGAAGGCAGCCGAGCUGCUGUUCGAGGCCCUGGCGGUGCCCGCGUGCCACAUGGCCAGCACCGCGUUGCUGGCGCUCUGCUCCGCUGGCGCGUUCAGCGGGCUGGCCGUGGAGGCAGGCGCGGGCGUGUGCCACGCCACGCCCAUCUAUGCGGGCCACUCGUGGCAGGAGGCCACCUUCCGGCUGGACGUGGCAGGCAGCACCCUGUCGCGCUACCUGCGGGACCUGCUGGUGGCAGCGUUCCCCGACCUCCAGCUGCGGGCCCUGCCCCGCAAGGCUAUCACACAGCUCAAGAAACGCUGCUGCUAUGUGUCGCUGGACUUUGAGGGUGACCUUCUUAACCCUGACCGCCACCACCCGGCCACUUUCUGCUUAGGCAAUGGCUGCUCUGUCUGUCUCAGCAGCGAGCGCUUCCGCUGCCCCGAACCCAUCUUCCAGCCGCGUCUGCUAGGCCAGACCAAGCCAGGACUGCCUGCACUGGUCUUCCAGGCAUUGCAGAAGGUUCCCGCAAGGCUACGCACUCGGCUCGCUGAUACCGUGGUGCUGGCCGGUGGCUCCACACUCUUCCCUGGCUUCACUGAGCGCCUGGAAAUGGAGCUGGAGGCACAGUGCCGGAGGCAUGGCUAUGGGGCCCUGAGGCCGCACCUGGUGGCCAAGCCUGGGCGUGGCACAGCAGUAUGGACAGGCGGCUCCAUGGUGGCCUCCUUGCGCUCCUUCCAAUGCCACUGGAUAACCCGGGCCAUGUACCAGGAGUAUGGCUCCAGGCUAGUGCAUGAAGUGUUCAACUGAGUUACGCUGUACCGGAGGGUGGGGCGCCGUGAGCAGCUGCAGAGGCAGAGGCUUGGUGGGCUGCCCUAUAGCUCUAUCAGAGGCACUGAGUUCCAGAUAAAAGUCUCAAGUGAUUGGAGCUGGCAGAGUCAUCAUGCGCAGAUGGGUCAUCCCCACCCCUUACUGAGCCAGGAGGAGGUGAUCCGGACCCCUAGGACCCCCACUGUGACCUACAACUUGAAUCUACCUAAACAGUGCCAGUUCAGGCAAUACCAGUCCAGGUGCCUACCCUCAGGGCCCUGUUUCCAUGGCAAUGAGGAAGGCAACAACCCCACUUGUGUCUAGGACACAGAUACGGAAAUUACAAUACAUCAACCCCUCAUCAUGUGCCAUUUGGAUUCCCAUCCUAUGCCAAAGUUCAAGGGAUGGCCCUUUGAAAACCUAUAAAAUCCCAUGGGGAAGCAAUGAGAAAAGGAAGCCCUGUCCUCAACUGCUCACUGACUCACUGAGGGCCUCAGUUUCCCCUUCUGUAAAAAGUGGGGUCAGGCACAAUUCUGGGCCUCCUCACUGUUCCCUUCUGGCCUCCUUAUCAAGAGCUAUGGGGCAAUGGGAAGUGGAGACAUCUCUUAAAAGGAACACAUAAAGGGAGGGGUGGCUUGUAUUUCUGAAGUCACUAUCUUGAGAAACUAGAGCCCUGGCUGUGAGCACUGUUUGUGCUUAUAUGCACAUGUGGCCACAUAUGCAAACAAAACACUUGGGUGCACACAUGCCAGCCUUACACAUCUCCUCAAGACAGGCCCUGCCCCACCAGGUUCCACACGCCUCAUGGCCUAUGGCCGUGUGUGAGCAUGCCCCACCUCCCACCCCAUCCCUGCUGGAUCUUGGGCUUGAUACCCCACAACAGCUAGGUCUGGCCAGUAACAGAAACUGAGGUGGCCACAGCUCCAGGUAUUAGGUGGCUGCUGUGUGCCAGGCAUAGUUCUGGGUGUUGGAAAUAGAGUAGAGAACGAGAAAGACAAAAAUCCCUGCCUUCAUUCUCAUUUGUCGCAUCAAAUGUAUGGAAGUAAGCUCUAUUAUGAUCCCUAGUUUACAAAUGAGGAAACUGAGGCCUGGGGAGAUAAAGGUGCACAGCUAGGAAGUGAGAGAGCCAUGACUUGAACGCAAGCCUCUAGCUUCACAGCCCUGAGCCAUGACAGUGGAGGCUCCCACAGCACAGCAGACACCCCUGCCCUCAUUCCCA